UAUUGAACAGCCCUACGUGUAAGGCUGGCUUUGAAAGUUUUUGGAUGCAGAUACAUGUGCCUAGAUAUUGAUGAUCUUGAUGUGUUGUCUUUUGUCUUGCCAGAUACUAACCUUGCUAGUCUCUUCUCUCAAUAUAACUUUAGAGAAAUAUUAACCUUAAGGUCAGUGAAGCUACGAAAACUCGAGAAAAGAAACAAUGGCGGAAAUAGAAACGGAAAUCGAUAUCCCAGAAUAUUUAAGGUUACUCAAGGAUCCGGAGACGAGAAUCCUGGAUGCGAAUAAUGCUGGUAUGAUUCCAUCAUUCACACUAUUUCACUUCUAUUUCUGAGCAUAGAUUCGAGAGCACUUGCCUACUUCAGCUGGCUUUUUAAUCGUCCCCUCCUUGAAUAUGCACAAUUAAACUACUAAACUACUAACUAAUACCCCAUAUCCUAGUCGUAACAACCCUUCACAUAACCAAGUUCCAUAUCAUCAUCGCGCUUGAUUCGGGUAUCUUACAUAUUCUCAAGCAUGAAAAUGGUAGGGAUAUCGGAGGGGAAAUCGUAGUAAAGGCAUGUGAGAUGGGAAUUUGGUGUGUGGAUUCUUGGGAGGGAGAGGAGAAUGAGGAGUGGAUUGUUGUGGGUGGAACGGGGAAUGAGGAUAAUUUGAAGGUGUGUAUGUGGGAUGGGAAUGGGAGACUGUGAGUAUUUCUUUUUCUCUAUUUUGGUAUGCGGAGUGUGGAAGCUGAACCCGCGGUGGGGGAAAGGGAUUUCGAGGAUUUUCUUUAUUGGUUUUCUCAAUGUGGGAAUGGUGCGAGGUUAAUUUGGACACUGAGGGGGUAAUAAUGUGUUUGACCUCUGGUUUUCGGUACCCCCGGAUUCUUGUCGCAGAAUACAGAAUGCUAUGGCUGAUUCACCUGUAAACAAGUGUUCGGAUCACAGUUAUGAGUCUUCAAUGCCGCCCACUGUAUUUUCUGACUCUACGAACAUCAAUACUGGUUGUUGUAUUGAUCGUGGGUGUUUGGUGUUGGUGCGGGAGGCACAGAUUUCACAAACAUUUCGUGGUAUUACUUGUUUAAAGCAUCUUUUGUUCAGAUGAAGGGCUAGUAACUUCGAAAAGGUUUCAAACCUUCUCCAGAAAUCAAAACGUUCCUAUAAAGGAUUUUCUUACUACAAUGGUUUCGAAUCAAGUCUAGAUCAUUCAGAUCAAACAGAAUCCAACAACAUUCUGAUGGAAUACGAAACUUAAAAUACUUCUUAUUGGUGUUUAUGCCCAUCACAAUUUUGACUGUGGUCCAUUAAAGCUUUUCUGUGGUUUAGUAGCGAGCUUUUAGAGGACUCCACCCUCAAAGGAUCAGGAUGUGGCUGCAAUGCAGAUUAAGAUAGGAUGAGCAUAAACAGAAGCCAUCUUAACUUCUCUGUCACCUUCAUAUUUGUUAACCUCCAAUUAAGCAUUUAAGGCAGCCUUCAUCCUUUCCCUGAAAGAAACAACCGGCUGUGGGUCUCGACGAUGAAAUUUUCGCAAACUUCUCUUUAUAUUGCCUUGUUCGGACCUUGUCUUACCUGGAAGGAUUCCAGUGGAUCCAUUGGAAAUCAACACCUCACAUUUUACUAUGAUACAAGUCUCAUUUCCUAGUCCAUAGUGAAAAAAUAAUAUGAAAAUAUCAUUGCAGAGCAUAAAGAGACUCUGUAACAAACUCAUAGUUAUGUUCAUAUCUCCCGGGCUUUUUUACUGUUUCGUGUAACAUGGUACACGGAGGAUUAUUUAGCUUAGUAGACUGCUGCGAGGAAGGAUUUUAACUGGCGAGGCUCAUUGCUACUUCUCAAUCUCGUAAAAUUAGAUGUUCUCGAAGGAUGAAUCGAGGCUGACGAUAGCUUUUUCUUUCUAUCGCGUAGAGUCGAAAAAUUAAAACUUCAAGGUCAUAAAUCAACAGUGAGAGUUGUCAAAGCUCCAUCAGCUACUACGGUCAUAUCCGCAUCCCGCGAUGCAACGAUUAGGAUUUGGAAUAUCCAAAAUGGAAUAUGUGAGGCUGUCCUGGAAGGUCAUACCAAGACAAUCAGAUGUCUGGAUGUGCAUGAGAAAAUUGCUGUAUCAGGCAGUUAUGAUAGUGAAGCCAGGGUAUGGGAUUUGAAAAAGAGGGUGUGCUUGCAUGUGAUGAAAGGUCAUGAGAGUAAGAUCUACGCGAUUGCGACUAAUGGAGUGAAAGUUUUCACGGGAGGUAUGGAUAAAUCGGUGAGAGUAUGGGAUGUGAUUACUGGGUAUGUCGUCUACCUUCGCGUGCAUUACCUCGUUAGGCAGUUCUGACCAUUGUUUUGUCAGAGAAUGUCAAGCUAUCCUUGAAGGCUUUACAUCCCUUGUAGGAUUGUUGGAAUUACUUCCGUCAAGUCUUUUGACGGCAGAUGCAAGCGGGGUCAUUCGUCUAUUCGCCAAUCAGGACUGCAAAGAGAUAUGGAAGGUCGAGGCACAUCAAAAUGCGGUCAUAUCUAUGCAUUGUCAUGGUUCUAAGUUUGCUACUGGAGGCUCGGAUGGUAAAGUUAGAGUAUGGGAUUUGGAUAAUGGAAAGCUAUUGCAGGAGUUAAUAACCAGUAAUGCGGUAUGGUACGUAAAAUGGAUUGGAAAUAGUCUUGUAACACUAUUUUCAAACGAUAUCGACAAUACAAUGGAGGUCAUUAUGAAGGUCAGUGUAACGGAGACGAGGGGGCUUUAAAUGAAGACAUCGACUGACUUUCAACUUGCACAGAUUUGGACUGUGCCUUCGUAAUUCUGUCGAGUAAGAUUUUGUUCAUUGCAUGUCGGCGGUAUUCAAGCUGCAGAUAUCCCAGAAUAGCGUCAAAACGAGGCAUACCGGAAAUCUUCGAGAAUUUGAAUGUAGCCAGAAAAACCCAUGAACCAGGGAAAAUUUUGAUUGUUGGUUCCCCACAAUAGGCAACCGUAAAACCGUACUGUUGUGGGUAUUGAUGCUCGGAUAUCCCCCCAGAAGAGUUGACUUGUACUGUUAAUAUUCUAGUUACAUUCCUCCUACUGAUUCAAAUCGUAAAUUUUCAUCCGCAAUAUGCUCCAUCGC